UCGGAACGAAGUUCCACGGGAAUGAUGUGAUCGAUGUCUCCGGUCACUGGUAGGUUUACAUUUCUCGAGAUUCCGGCCGUCCGGCAUUGCAGCAAGGACGAGGAGGAAGAGGAGGAGAAGUCUUCGUUCGGAACGGAGGAGGAGGAGCCGGCGAUGCGCGAUUCGGCCUGCACUUCGACCUUGAGCGACAGCGAGCUCUGAGUGGACUGAUUGGUCCCUCUAUUCAUGCGUGAGGUCGAUCGAGAGAGCCCGAAAGAACGAAGGAACAGGUAGCACAGACGACGCGUUCUUGAUCGGGUCACCGAGCGCUAGUGUCGAUGGCGGGCGGUGGUACUGCUAAUGAUGUUCGUACUUUGGUUUCGUCACUGCGAUCUGCCUACUCUGCGACGCCUGUGAGGCUGAAGAUCAUUGACCUUUACGUUCUCUAUGCGCUCAUCACAGCGUUUGUGCAGGUAGCUUAUAUGGGUAUGGUCGGAACAUUCCCCUUCAACGCAUUUCUCUCUGGAGUGCUCUCGUGUGUAGGAACUGCCGUCCUAGCAGUUUGCCUGCGCAUGCAAGUCAACAAGGAGAACAAAGAGUUCAAGGAUCUUCCUCCUGAAAGAGCAUUUGCAGACUUUGUUCUAUGCAAUGUGGUGCUACACCUAGUAAUCAUGAAUUUCCUUGGUUAAUCUUAUUUCGAUUGGAGCUAGCUCUUGAUCCGUUUCUGUAUCUCUGGGUUUAUUGCAUUUAGUGCACUCAAGAUCCGCAUUGAAACCCCAUCCUCUUUAGAAUUGAGUGUGCAUCAGAUGCUAUGCACCUCACAACUGAGGAAUUCGAAUCUCAACUUCAGUCCCACGCAGUGCAACUUCCUGUCACAAACAGUGACCUUUUUGACCUUCAGGAGGAGUAUGAUGGAGUUCAUUGGUCAAAUUUAGAAGACCACUAGGAAAGAGUAAUAUAUCAGCUUGGGCGUCCUCUUGAAAUUGAGGAUGCUUUCAUUUAUCUUCUCGUGGUCACAAAUUCACUUGAAUGAGUAAUUCAUUGUGUGAAGCGACAGAGAUGAAUGAUCGAUUGUGACUGUUCAACAGAAAACCAAGUGGGUGAUGCAAGUAAGUUUUAAAGAAACGAUCAGGUGGAUAUAUUGCUGCUCGUCCAAGUGAUAAUUGUAGAGGCCGUCGUCUUAACUGUGGACCAAAACCAGGUAGCUUCCAGAAGAUGUUCUUCCUCAAAGGCAAAACAUUUCUCCUCUAUCUUGUUUUCAAAG